AUGAGAGUUCUUUUCUUAUUCUCCUUUGCUUUGGGGCUAGGCUGUGCGGCAACCCGGACCCAAGAUGAGCGCUCAAGCAAGCCUCUACACACAAUACCCGUUGUAUUUGCGGAAGGAUUUUGGUUUGGGAAUUUUACAGCCGGAGACGCCAAUGACUUGUCUCUGUUGAUUGAUACUGGAUCUAGCGAUGUUUAUGUCAAUCCAGAUCUUUACAAACCUUCAUCCGAAUCUCAAACUCUCAACCAGACAGUCUCAAUGUCAUUUAUUACCACAAAGCCGGACGGAUGUGGAGAAAUGAUACUUAAAAGCAAUGUGGUCACUGAUAAGCUGGCCGUCAGUUCUCUUACAGCCACAAAUCAGUCAAUCGGAACUGUUGUAAAGGUUCCGCAGCCAAAUCCGGAUACUAUAACCCAAUUUCCAGGCCAAGGCAUUGUUGGUUUGCUAGGAACAUCAGCAGACGAUUCUUCAGUUGGCGGCACCCCCUUUUUUCAACAUCUGUGCGAUGAGGGUCAGGUGGAUGAGUGUCGAUUUGGCUUAGGUCUUGAGACCUCCGGGACAGGCAGCUUAACUCUGGGUGGCGUUGAUCGCACUCUUUUCAGUGGAGCUAUGGCAACGGCUCCUAUCUCUGGCCAGCAGUGGAUUAUUGAAGGCGGAUUACCAUCAGAUAUGCUUGAUGUUGGUGUCCAGCAGUCCAUGUUUUUGGACAGUGGAACUUCAAAUAUCAUUGGUAACCAUACAAUGGUUAAAGCGCUCUUUGACAAACUUGGAUUCCAGAGUUUCACGAGAGAUGCUAUUGGCUGCGACGGCACACUAUUUGGAUAUUAUCCUUGUGAUUCUCCCCCGCAUAUAGGAUUCCAAAUUGGAAAUAGCACGCAGACGUUUUUUAUUGAGCCCGAGGCUUUUAAGAUGGAAGACAAUGGCAACAACAAUUGUACUGCUACCAUAACAGGUGGAAAUAUCGGAGCUGGGGGCUGGUUAGUUGGACAGUCAUGGUUUCAAGGCAAAUAUAUCGACUUCGAUGUAACAGGCAAUCAAAUUGGCGUGGCCAAUCUUCAUUAG